UCGUUGCUUACAACAUCGGCCUCUAUUUAAACUCAUCUGCUCUAAACCAAAAACCAAUGUUGUUUUGUGGAUAAUGGAAAUGUGGACAACCCCAAGAAGGAACCAGGUUCUUGAUACCAUACUGCUACUCGGAAUACUUCUGGUUUCGAUCGACAUAAAGGGAGUAGAAAGCCGGAAGUACAGUGCUUCAUUGACGGAUUUCGGAGGUGUUGGCGAUGGAGUGACGUCGAAUACAAAGGCUUUUCAGGCUGCCAUUUUCAACCUCAGCCAGUAUGCAUCAGAUGGUGGAUCCCUACUCCUUGUUCCUGCAGGAAAGUGGCUGACUGGUAGUUUCAAUCUUACCAGCCAUUUUACUCUCUAUAUCCACAAAGAUGCUACCCUUCUCGCCUCACAGGAUGAGAGUGAAUGGGCUGUCAUUGACCCUCUCCCGUCCUAUGGUCGAGGAAGGGAUGCCGACGGCGGAAGAUAUAUCAGUCUUGUUUUCGGAACCAACCUCACCGACGUCGUGAUAACUGGUGACAAUGGCACUAUUGACGGUCAGGGUGUUACCUGGUGGGACAAAUUCCACAAGGGAGAGCUGAAAUACACCAGGCCUUACCUUAUUGAAAUCAUGUAUUCAGAUGAAGUUCAAAUCUCUAAUCUCACUUUGAUGAACUCCCCUUCCUGGAAUGUUCAUCCUGUUUAUAGCAGCAAUGUCGUUGUUCAAGGAUUAACUAUCCUUGCACCAGUAACUUCUCCGAACACCGAUGGGAUCAACCCAGAUUCUUGCACAAAUACCCGGAUCGAGGACUGCUAUAUCGUCUCCGGGGAUGAUUGUGUAGCCGUUAAGAGUGGUUGGGAUGAGUAUGGCAUCAAGUUUGGUAUGCCAACAAAGCAGCUGGUGAUCAGAAGGCUCACAUGCAUUUCACCAUUCAGUGCAGUGAUUGCACUAGGUAGUGAGAUGUCCGGCGGAAUUGAGGACGUAAGGGCCGAAGACAUCACAGGCAUUGAUUCUGAGUCGGCUGUUAGGAUUAAAACCGCCGUCGGACGAGGAAACUACAUCAAAGACGUAUAUGUGAGAGGGAUGACCAUGAAAACUAUGAAAAUGGUGUUCUGGAUGGCAGGGAACUAUGGUUCUCAUCCCGACAACGAUUAUGAUCCGAAUGCAUUCCCUGUUAUCCAGAACAUCAAUUUCAGAGACAUCAUUGCUGAGAAUGUGACAAUGGCAGCUAGAUUGGAGGGAAUUCCAGGCCAUCCAUUCUCUGGAAUUUGCAUAUCAAAUGCCACCAUUGGAUUAACACAAAAGCCAAAGAAGAUUCAAUGGAAUUGCACUGAAAUUGCUGGUGUGACAAGUAAUGUUACACCUCAGCCCUGCAAUCUGCUAACAGAUCAAGGACCAGACAAUGCCUGCAAUUUUCCAGAAGACAGCUUCUCAAGUGCCAAAGUUUAAGUCUUAAACAGAAA